GAUAAUAUGGCGGCGAGCAGCUUGGGAUAAAUUGGGCGCCCGCUAUCUCUCCUUGUGCAGCUCCUUACACCCAUCCACACCACUUUUCUCUCGCAAGCAAGAAUGAAGCUCGAUUUUGACCUCACGCUCUACCUCGUCACUGACAGCGGCAUGGUACCGGCCGGCUCGACGCUCUCGCAGAUCGUCGACGAGGCCAUCCAGGGGGGCGUCACCAUCGUCCAGCUCCGCGAGAAGCACGCCGACACCAGCGACUUCUUGGCGCAGGCCAAGCUCGUGCAGCAGGUGACCAAGCGCCAUAAGGUCCCGCUGCUCAUCAACGACCGCAUCGACAUUGCGCUGGCCAUCGACGCCGAUGGCGUGCACAUCGGCCAGGACGACAUGCCAUUGCACGAGGCCCGGCGGCUCCUGGGCGACGACAAGAUCAUCGGCGUGUCAGUGCAGACCAGAGAGCACGCCGAGCAGGCAGUCCUGGGCGGCGCCGACUAUCUGGGCAUCGGCGCCUGUUUCGAUACGCAGACGAAGGAGCUCAAGCAGGGGUCGCAGGGACCGGCAGGCAUUCGCGAUGUCUGGGAGCACGCGGUCGAGGUCAGUGGCCCGAGGCCUGUGCGUGCGGUGACCAUUGGCGGGGUCAACUCGUACAAUGCCGUCCAUGUGCUGAUCUGCACGCGCACCACACGCGGGAACCUGCCCCUGGACGGCCUGGCCGUCGUCUCGGCCAUUGUUGCCGCUGAGAGCCCGCGCAAUGCUGCUGCCAUACUGCGCCGCCAGAUUGCCUUUGCCUUUGAGAGCGCGUGGAUUGCACGGACUCCGGCCGCACGUGAUUCCAUCCGCUCUGCAAUCGGCGAUGCCUUCGAGGCCGCGCGCCAAAACACGCCGCUGGUGCAGCACAUCACCAACCCCGUGGUCAUCAACGACUGCGCAAACGCCUGCCUGGCGCUCGGCGGGUCGCCCAUGAUGGCCACCGACGCCAGCGAGCAGGCUGACCUGGCGCCCGUCGUGUCCUCUCUGGUGAUCAACAUCGGCACCCUCAAUGCCUGGCAGGUCGACGGCAUGCGCGCAGCCAUGAAGCAGGCCAAUCUGCGCAACACCCCCGUGAUCCUCGACCCCGUGGCUGCCGGCGCCACAAAGUACCGGUCGCAGAUCGUCAGCGAGUUCCUCAAGGAGUUUGGCGUCCAUGUGAUCAAGGGCAAUGCUGGCGAGAUCGCCGCUCUGGUGGGCUCCGACGAAAUGCACGUGCGCGGCGUCGACGCCGUCGGCUGCGGAUUCAAGGACCCCGCAGGCAUUGUGCGGGCCCUGAGCCUCAAGGAGCGCUGCGUUGUCGUGAUGACCGGGCCCGUCGACUACAUCUCCGACGGCUCCAGCACCUUCGCCGUCAAGAAUGGCCACAAGCUCCAAGGCACCAUCACCGGCUCCGGCUGCAUGACCGGUACUGCCGUGGGCACGUACGUCUACGCUGUCGCCCACACUGAUCCGCUGGUCGGCGCAAUCACCGGGAUGGUUGCGAUUAACUUGGCCGGCGAGCAUGCGGCCCAGAGACCCGAUGUCAAGGGACCAGGGACCUUCCGUGCUGCAUUCAUCGACGAGAUGUAUAAUCUGACCAAGGAGCAGCUGCUGGCCGAGAUGCGGAUCGAGCAGCUCCACUAGGAUCUUUCAGCCAUGGAAUAAAUGCAACCCCACAAAGCG